ACAGCAGUCUUCGGGGCUCCGGUCAUGGCGGACCAAGAGGAGACGUUUGCCCUUGAAAACUCUCCCGGUGGUUCAGAUUCAAGGGAAUUACAGUCCGACAACAAAUCUGAGAAGCAGAACGGGACCUCAAGCAAAUCCCCCUCAUCUCAGACCACUUACAUUCAGCAGGGAAUGGAGGGAAUAAAAGUCUACCUGCACGAGAGGGAACUCUGGACAAAGUUUGACGAGGUGGGCACGGAGAUGAUCAUCACCAAAGCUGGAAGGCGAAUGUUCCCCAGCUUCAAAGUGAAGGUCACAGGAUUAAACCCCAAAACCAAAUACAUUCUGCUCAUGGAUGUUGUUCCUGCGGACGACCAUCGAUACAAAUUCGCCGACAACAAAUGGUCCGUUACCGGGAAGGCAGAGCCCGCCAUGCCCGGCAGGCUCUACGUCCACCCGGACUCCCCCGCCACCGGGGCGCACUGGAUGAGGCAGCUCGUCUCCUUCCAGAAGCUGAAACUGACCAACAACCACCUGGACCCGUUCGGACACAUCAUCCUAAAUUCGAUGCACAAGUAUCAGCCGAGGAUCCACAUCGUAAAAGCAGAUGAAAAUAACGGCUUCGGCUCUAAAAACACGGCCUUCUGCACCCACGUCUUCCCGGAGACGGCCUUCAUCGCGGUGACGUCCUACCAGAACCACAAGAUAACCCAGUUGAAGAUUGAGAACAAUCCGUUUGCAAAAGGCUUUCGUGGAAGUGAUGACAUGGAGCUACACCGGAUGUCCCGAAUGCAAAGUACCAAGGAGUAUCCGGUGGUGCCUCGCAGUACGGUGCGCCAGAGAGUGGGCUCCAGCCACAGCCCGUUCAGCGGGGAGGUCCAGGGCAUCGCCACCCCGAGCGCCCUGAGCUCCCAGUACCCCCAGUGCGAGAACGGGGUCACAAGCACGUCACAGGACAUGCUGCCCCAGUCGGGCUCCUUCCCCCUGCCACAUGAGCACGGCCAGGAGUACCACUGCAUCAAGAGGAAAGUGGAGGACGACUGUCCCUCCGGUGAGCAGAGCUACAAGAAAGCCUACCUGGAGAGCUCGUCCAGCGAAGAGGACCAUUACUACCGUCCCGUCGGCUACGCCCAGAGCCUGGGCCUGGCCGCCGGGCCCUACCGCAGCGAAUCCGGCCAGCGGCAGGCCUGCAUGUACGCCAGCGCCUCGCAGGGGGCCGAGCCGGUUCCCAGUCUGGAGGACAUCAGCUGCAACACUUGGGCCAGCGUUUCGCCCUACGGGAGUUGCUCCGUCACCACCAUGCAGCCAAUGGAGCGGCUGCCCUACCAGCACUUCUCCGCCCACUUCACCUCGGGGUCCCUGGUGUCCCGGCUCGGAGGGGUCGGGGGCCACGCCUCGCCGCAGCUCGCCGAUGGCCACCACGCCGCCAUGUACCAGAGCUCCAUGACCCACCAGACUCUGGGCCGCCAGUGCAGUCCCGGGGCCGGGAUCCAGUCGCCAGGAGCUGGCCUGCAGGGAAAUGAGUACCUCUACACACACGGCAUACCACGCACACUGUCGCCACACCAGUACCACACAGUGCACAGCGUCAGCAUCAUGCCAGAGUGGAACGACAACAGCUAGGGCUUUUUUUGGUUUGGUUUUGUUUUUUUAAAUCACACUCAACAAGAUGAAAAAGAAAACGGAAAUGAAAAGCAAAAAGGACCAAAAAACAAGGCAGGGUUUAGAUGAAUAUAUAUUUAUAUUAGAGGAUGUGUUGCUGUUCAUCUUAAUGAGAUCAGUGUUGGUUCUUUGACAGCGGCGGAUAUCGGUAAGAUUGUGUUGAGUUAGGAAAACGAAGCAUCUUAUCACUUAACUUGUGACAGCGUCUGCACUUAUAAGCACAGAACAUAAACGUGAACCAAGAGGAGCCGGACCAGGACGCGUGCAAAGACUGUUCAGGAGCAGACGAAGUGGAAAUUCAGACACUGCAGCAACAAACACACAAAAAAAAGGGUUCAGUUGCUUGGCCGGCGGCCCCCCCGAGUGUCCUUCGCGGUGGUGUUUUUUGGUUGUCAAAGUAAAAAACUCUUAUUUUGUAUUCCUGUCCACAGUUUUUGUAAAGAAAGAAAAAAAAGAUGAUUGUCUUUUGUCACAUUUUCCGGAGUUCUAAUUUUCUUUAUUUUAUUUUUUGUAGUUAACUUACUUUAUAGUCAAAUUGCAAUAAGUUCAGAGUGAAUAAGAAGAUAAGAGCUUUUGUCGUGGCUCUUGUGAGAAUUUGCCUGCUCUUAAAGCAGUCCUGUAGCUGGGUACAUUUACAGUCAUGUCAACAAUUGAAUUAGUGCCAUUAUGAAAAACGUGCCGCUAACAAUCACAAGUAGGACAGCACUUGAAUUGAAUAGAUUCUCAAUGCACAUUUUGAGCCCCUUCCUCGGGGUUCAAACUGGCAACAGUGUUACAACAAAGCAGAGAUGAGCAAAGAGAAGCACAACGAUGUAGCCACUGACAUCACGGGGACACUAAAGAAUACAGCACUAACUGGGAUUUUAACCGUGACCCGAUUUUACCCUGUUUUUGGUGUCACAUCCACGAUUUAAUCAGCUACUUGUUUGCAGGGUGAAAUGCAUUGAUCAAUUUGAUCAAUCCGUGAAAACAUCACUCAAACCCAGAAGAACUGUUCAAAUGUUCUUUUCACACUGUUGUGUUCAGAUAUUCAUUCAAAUACCAUUUAUCAAUUAUUGUUUGAUUUGAGAUUGAUGUAUUCAGAUUGAAGACAUGCAACAAAAGGAUUAUUAUAACAAAACACUAAACAUAUUGUCUCGAUCUUUUAGUUUUGCAGAACAUUAGACUUCAAGUCAUUAUGUGUCCAGAAAAAACAAAUGAAAGUAAAGGUUUUCUCUGUCUGUGUAGACGGGAUAACAUGUCAGAGGUGUCCGUUUGUGCCCUUGUUUUUGUGUUCUUCUGCCUUUAAUGGACCAAAAAAAACAUCAAUGCAGCUUCAGGAAGUUUCAAUUGUCAGAUCACAUCUACAUAAAGACUAGUAGUUGGAACAAUAUAUUAAAUUAAAGUGUCAUUGUUGAAGUUGAAGCUUUUGGUUAAUUGCGCAGUACAGCGAUAAUGGAGGAACAACAGACAUUAUACUUACAAUACAGUAACAGUAAAAAAACAACUAUUCCAAAUUCCCCCAAAAGGCUCAAAUACUCUAAACCAAACAUAAGAUUAGGGAAUCAUAUAAAAUCUCAGUACCACCGUUGCCAUGUUUUAACAUUUGCUGUUAAAUCUGGUCUGAAAACAUGUUUAAAAAAGAGAGUUUGUGUUUGAAAAGCGCUGCGUCCCAUUGCGACACAUUGUCAACAUUUCUAAAUAUUAUUUAUUUGGAUUUUAUAAUGCAAUGCACCAUCUUUUGGGGAAAUAGCUGUUCCAAACUACAGAAAGUAGUAUUCAUUGUAAUUUCAGAGAGUUUGAAAACGAUUUUGUAUUAAAAACACCUUGAAUAUUUCUGCUCUCUUUUCUUGACAAAACAACCCUGCAAAGUUUGAAAGAGAUUUCUUAUCUUUUUGUAUAAGCUUUAUUUGUGUGUUUCAUGCAUUCUCAUGCUUUACGCAGUGGAUUUGUAUGCUCCAAAAUAAUUUGUAUUAAUCCUCAAAAU